AUAGCUUACAUGUGAAUUUCCCCGACGCAUCGCGAAAACGGGACCUGGACAAGCGUUGAGAUGUCCACCGUCCUCGACUUCAAGAGUUGCAUACAAUUCUUGAAUUUGGCGAUCCCUGGAAUAUUCAUGGUCGGCACGGAAUGAUCGUCGCUCUCGCUGCAGGCAGAUUAGGUGCCCUGCCGCUCGCAGCACAGUCCGCUAUCAUGACCGCCGAUCAAAUCCUGAACACCAUUCCGUUUGGCAUCGGCGUCGCCGCUUCCACCCGCAUCGGUAACCUCAUCGGUGCACAGGCGGCGCAAGCGGCGAAGCAAGCCAGCCAUGCAUCCGCUUUCGUGAGCGUGGUGGUCGGAGUGAUUGUUAUGGUCGUGCUCAUGGUGACUAAGGAUGUCUUCGGCUAUCUCUUCAACGACGACCAGCCCGUGAUCGGGCUUGUGAGCAAGGUGAUGCCUCUCCUGGCCAUCUUCCAGAUCUGGGAUGGCCUCGCGGGCUCUUGUGGCGGCGUACUCCGUGGACAGGGCCGCCAGCACCUAGGAGCGAUGUUCAACGUCAUCGCAUAUUACGUCCUUGCGCUCCCCGUCGGUAUCACCCUCGCAUUCCGGACAAACCUCGGGCUGCAGGGCCUCUGGAUAGGGCAGACUAUCGCGCUGACGAUCGUAGGCCUGAGCGAGUACGUGGUGGUGUGGCUUGGCACGGAAUGGGAGAGAGAGAUCAAACUCAGCGUCGAGCGGAUCCAGGCAGAGGCGAAGCGGCGGCAAGGACAUGCGAAUAUCGAUUAGCCAAGAGGGCGAAGCAGUUGGCUGUGGCAUUUGUUCUAAACCUCGCCCUAAUUCCGCCUGAUGCACGCGACCUCAUGUCCGCGGUGUACGUAGAUUGGAUUGACUUACAUAGAGUUGCGACACGAGAAAAGCAGGGGGUGUUUCAUGGCCGUGCAGCCCGCGGUUCAACCAAUCUUGCAGCGCUCCACAGCUAUGGCUCGCAUACAGAAAUCAUCCCGUGGCCGCCGUCUA